AUGGCGGAGCCGGGCGAUUCAACUGGCGGGUCCCCUCAGGGAUGGGGGGACCACUACCUGGGCCGCUGGGAGCACGCUGGGCACCCUGAGAGGGGGUCUCAGCCGGAAGGAGGGUCCCCAGCCAAGGAGGUGGAGAGCCAGGACGGCGCCCCGAGCCAGGAACGGACAGACGCGGGCGCCGAGGGUGCCGCUGAGCCUCCUGAAGGGGCCGACACAGCCCACAGGGAAGGCGAGGAGGAUGGCGGCGGCCAGCAGGAUGGCGGCGGCACGCCCCAAGGAGAAGCUCCCAAGGCCCCGGAAGCCAGCUUGGAGGAGGAGUGGGGUUCCGAAGAGGACUUGUCGUCCGACGUGGAGUCACAGUCCCCCGAAGGGCAGGUCAGUUCCAUGGACACCGCCUACUCAGACGUCAGCGCCCAGGAGCUGCCCGCCGAGGUGGGCCCCGGAGAGCCGGAUCAGAGGACGAGCAGGGACACCGCCCCCCUCGAGACCCCCACGGAGCCGCAGGGACCCCAUGCGCCAGCUGCCAAGCCUGCCCAGCAGGCCGUGAGCCCAGGCGCCUUGGCACCCACCGUCAGCCAGCUGCACCUGGGCACCCACAGCCGGGGCCAGCCUGCCCGAUGCUGCCCCCUCGGGUGGGUGGCAGGACCAGUGUUCAAUGCCCAGGUGCCGCAAGGCUACCGGUGGAGGGACCUCAGGCUGAGCCAAGGGAGCAGCGUCCUGUCCUCGGAGCUGGGCGAGCUCCCCCCAGGCACGGAAGAGCCCCUCUCGCAGGAGUCAGUGCUGUCUCCGGAGGGACCCCUGGCAAGCUUCCUGGACAGGAUCCAACGGCUGCCCACCGAGGAAGAGACCCCGGGGGACAGAACGGAGUCCCCGGGCAGUGCCGAGGCUGCAGGCGACGGAACUCAGCUGCUGGUUCUGGACCCAAACCACCCCCUGAUGAUCAGGUUCCAGACGGCCCUGAAGAACUACCUCAGCCGACAGAUCGAAAAGCUGAGGCUCGAACUCAAAGAGCUGGAGGUGGCCAGCAAGCAGAGCCGAGCGCAGCGGCAGGAGCUGGGCCUGAACCUCUACGGGGUCCAGCAGCACCUGGCGCGCCUGCAGAUGCAGCUGGAGCGGAGCCACGACCGCUACUCGGCGGCCGCGUGCGCCCGGCGGCAGAAGGAGGAGGAGCUGCAGAGCGCGCGCGCGCUCCACGCCAAGACCAGCGCGGCCGCCGGCCGGGAGCGCAGACGGCUGGCGGCCCUGCAGACGGAGAUGGAGAACCUGGCGCUGCACCUGUUCUACCUGCAAAGCAUCGACCAGGACGUGCGGGACGACAUCUGCGUGAUGAAGCAGGUGGUGAAGAAGGCCGAGACGGAGCGGGCGCGGGCAGAGAUGGAGAAGAAGAAGCAGGACCUGUACGUGGACCAGCUCACCACGCGGGCCAACCAGCUGGAGGAGAAUGUGGCCCUGUUUGAGACUCAGUACGUGGCCCAAGCCGAGGACACCCGGGUCUUGAGGAACGCGGUGAGCAAGGCGUGCACAGAGAUCGCGACCAUCAGCAUGGAGAAGCAGCGCGUCCUACGGCAGUGGGCCAGCAGCCUGGUGAGCAUGAAGCACCGUGACGAGGAGCACCGGGCCAUCCUGGAGGCACUCAGGGAGUGCCAGCACCACGCCAAGUCCGUGGACGGCGAGAUCGAGGCCUACAAGAAGUCCAUCGUGAAGGAGGAGGAGCGCAAUGAGAAGCUGGCGCGCAUCCUGAACAGGGUGGAGACGGAGGCCGGCCUCAUGCAGAAGCUGACCGCCCAGUGCCUGAGCAGGCAGGAGGCGCUGCAGAACGAGUUCAACACCUACAGGCUCACCCUGCAGGACGCCGAGGACGCCCUGGGCAAGAGCCAGCAGGAGCACUCGGCGGUCACAGAGGCGCUGCAGGCCGUGCGCCAGGGCAUCCGGCAGGAGCUGGAGCUGCGGCGGCAGAUGGACGCCGCCAUCGUGGAGAAGCUGCAGGAUCACAUGACCUCCAACAAGAUGACCAAGUACUUCCACCAGCUGCUGCGGCGGCUGCAGAAGGAGAAGACCAACAUGGUGACGCACCUGUCCAAGAUCGACGGCGAAAUCGCCCAGACCACGCUGAACAUCACCAACACCAGCUGCAGGCUGGACGCGCACCGGAAGGCGCUGGCCGAGCUGGACAAGGAGGUGAAGACAGUCAACGACCUCAUCACCAACAGCGAGAGCGAGAUCUGCAGGCGCACGAUCCUGAUCGAGAGGAAGCAAGGGCUCAUCAACCUCCUGAACAAGCAGCUCGAGCAGACGGUGUCGGAGCUGGGGGGGGAAGAGGUGGGGCCGCUGGAGCUGGAGAUCAAGGGGCUGACGAAGCUGCUGGAGGAGCGCGGCGCGCAGGUGGUGCAGGCGCAGGGGACCUGGCUGCGGCUGCAGCAGGAGAUGGUGCGGGCGGCGCAGCAGCGCGAGGAGCAGCUGGGCUCGCUGGACGCGCUCCAGAAGGAGAUGCACAUCCUGGAGCAGAAGAAGCUGCGCGUGGAGAGCAAGAUCGAGCAGGAGAAGAGAGAGCAGAAGGAGGUCGAGCGCCACAUGAGAGACCUGGACAACGACCUCAAGAAGCUCAACGUGCUGACCGGCAGGAGCCGCAGCAGCGCGGAGCAGCUGCAGCACAGCAACCUGGUGGCCGAGAACGAGUUCGUGCGCGAGCUGAAGGCCUCCGAGCGCGAGACCAUCCAGUUGCAGGAGAAGCUGAGCCAGCUGGCCGAGGAGAAGGCGGCCGUCCUGAGAGACCUGGUGGAGGCAGAACACCAGAUCAUGCUCUGGGAGAAGAAAAUCCAGCUGGCCAGGGAGAUGCGCGCCUCGGUGGACUCGGAGACCGGCCAGAUGGAGAUCUGCGCCAUGAAGGCCGAGAUCCACCGCAUGAAGGUCAGGCACGGGCAGCUGCUGAAGCAACAGGAGAAGAUGAUCCACGCCAUGGAGCUUGCCGUGGCCCGCAGGGAGACCAUCGACACGCAGGCGGAGGGGCAGGGCAGGAAGGGCGCGAAGGUGCUCACCCGCACCGACUUCCACCACCGGCAGGCCGAGCUGCGCCGGAAGAUCAGGGACACGCACAAGGCCUCCGAGGAGUGCGCCGGCACCAUCCUGGAACUGGAAGCAGCUCAGAGGCUGGUGAGCGGCUCCCUCCUGGAGAAGCAGGAGAAGCUGUCUGGGAUGCAGGCGGACCUGGACACCCUGGAGGCCGACCUGGAGGAGCUCACGGCCCUGAAGAAACAGAACCUGGGUGACAUCGUGACCCUGCAGACGCGUCUGAAGCACCUGCAGGCGGUGAGGGAUGGCAGGUACGCCUUCCUGUUCCGCUCCAAGCCGGCCCUGCAGGCGGAGCACAAGCGCCUGGACGACCGGCUGGCCCUGCUGGCCACCGUCCUGGCCCACGUGCAGUCCGAGUUCCCACAGUUCCAGGAGGCCCUGCACAGGGUCAGCGAGAAGGUGGCCGGCCAGCUCCAGUCCGGCGCAGAGCCCGGGCUGACCGGGGACCCCGGGGUGAAGGCCACGACCGCCUCCCGGUGCCCAGAACCCGGUGCCCGCUGCCCGCUGCCCUCGGCCCCUGACCACUGCCCGGAAGCCAACGCCCGGUCCCCUCUGCCCGGUGCCCCCCGGACGCCGCUCCCUGGCCCUCGGACAGCAGCGCGGUCCCGCGGCCGCUCGUGUUUUACGACACUUCACGCCGCCGCCGCCGCCGCCGCCGCCGGCCGCACGGAUAGGCGUCCUGUAGGAGGCCGCGCAGCCAGGCGGCGGGGCUCGGAAGCGCCGGGUCCCCGCCGGCGUCGCCGCUCCCUCCGCCUCUCGGACGCCGCCCCCGGCCCGGCGCCCCCCGCCCAGCUCGGUCGGAUCCUGAGCCGCGGAGCCGCCACCGCGGAGCGCCGCCCGCCGCCGCCGCCGCCAGGGGGCGCAGAGCCCGCACCCGCUCCCAGCGCGCCUGCGCGGGCCGCCGUGCCACGUGACCGGCGCCGCCCGCCGUGGGAGCGCUGCUGCGCGUGCGCGGCGGUGAGGGGGCUCGCGCUGGCGAGGGUCGCCGGGGAGGUCGGCGACAUCCUGGUCGUUAGAGUUAAGCGACCUGGAGCCGGAGCCGGGCGGGCGUGGCGGAGGGCGCCCGCGGGUGGCGGGGGCACGGAGGCCGCGGCCCAGAAGCGGUGGGUCCUCCUGUCCGGCCCGGACUAG